AAAAUGGCGACAAAAAAUGAAAAUAAUAAUAAUAAAUCAUUUUUGAUCAAUUGUGAUUGUAAUAAUGAUCAUCACAAGAUCAUUGAAUCUAUUGAAACUACUGCCACCACCACCACCACUAACAAUAACAAUAACAACAACAUUAUCAAACAGCAGAAUUCAUUGGAAUUAUCAUCGAAACAGUUCUUGGCCACUAACUAUGAUUCCAUUAUCGAUACCAAUAAUGUGAAUAUAGAACAUGUAAUCAAUGUGAAUGAAAUGAAACAUGGUGAAAAUGAUGAUGAGCUAAAAGACAUACGAAUGCCUGGUGUUAGUGAUGAUGAUCAUCAUCAUACGACAACUAUGCUGGCGACAAAAACUAAAUUGAAUUCAAAUCAACAUUGUCAUCGUAUAACAUUGAUCAGUAAUAACGACACCAUGUACGAUGAUGAGAUUCCUGAUAAUAUCCAACCAGAAUUGAAUGCAAAAUUGAAUCAUCGAAAUUGUUUUGCUUUUAGUAAUACGGAUGGUAGAAAUGGUUUAAUGGACGACGACGAUAGUCAUGUUUUUGCUGAUGAUGAUGAUGAUGAUGAUGAUUAUAACAGUAAUGCGAUUUAUAGAAUUUGUAGUAGUGAUGUUUGCAAAUCGAAUAAUCGUCACCGACAACAAAAUUGCGGUCUACAACGAUCGUCUAUAGAAGAAUACGUUGAUCGUACAUUUAAUCAUAAUGAGCAUCAAUCAACCAAUGCUUUUGAUAAUAUUAAUGAUAAUGAUUAUGACUAUGACAAUGGUAAUGGAAAAAACGAUUUGAUUCAUCAAUAUCAACUACAACGACAAAAAGCAAUGACAAUCAAUGAAACUUUUAUACAACGUCAUUGGAAUCAUUUUAAUAGUCAGCAGCAGCAGCAGCAGCAACAACAACAACAACAACUUUUUACUAUUGCUAAAUUACCAUCGAACAACAACAACACUAAUUUAUCAAGAUUAAAUUUUGUUGGACUAACAAUGACCAAUAAUAGUAAUAACGCUAUUCAUGUGCAUGAGAAAAAGAAUUAUCAUGGACAAAACAAUGAUUCAAACAAGAAUGCUGAUGUUGCCGUUGUCGUCGUAUCGAAUGGAAAUAGUCAUAAUCGUGACAAUAAUGAUUAUCAUCAUGAUCAUAUUGAAUAUGAUAAAGAACCACGUGUCGUUAGUGAUUUCCCAGCUUCAACAAUAGAUAUUGAUCAUUCCGAUAAUAAUAAUCAUCGUGAUAGUUUCAACCACAAUACUAUGAAUGAUGACAAUGAAUCAAGUUGUCAUGUAUUGUCCAAUAGUCAUCAAAUAAAUUCAACAAAUCCAACGAAUAGAGUUAUUGUUGAUGAUGUUGUUGACAAUCAAGAAAAUGAUCCAAAUUUAUUUAAUUUACAAAAAAUUGAUCAACUUAGGCCAAAGUUGAUUACAAUGAAUUUAAACAACAACAAUAAUUAUAAUGAAAAUAUCUACAAUAGUGAUGAUUCGAAUCGAGUAUGGAAUUAUUCAUCAAAUAAUAAUGUUGUCAAUUUGGCUAGAAAAUGUGGAACCGAAUUUCUGAUGAUGAUGUCCACAAACAACAUUGCAUCAAUACAACAGAAUAAUAAUAAUAAUGCUGAUGAUGAUUUUAUGAACAAUGGUGCAUCAUCAUCGAUUUGUAAGAAACCAAUAUUACAUUCAAUACAGCAGCCAAAUGAUAAUGGCAAUCGUUUUUAUGACUCAAACUAUUCAUUGUUAUCCAAAUUGAGUGGCGACAAAAUAGCCAAUACAUCGAUGGAUAGGGUUUUAUUAUCAUCAUCACCAUCAUCAUCAUCAUCAUCAUCAUCAACAACAAUAAAAACAUUGGCCAACAAGUCAAGCGUAACACGUACUCAUGAUAGAUCAACAUCAACAAUACUUUCUGCAUGGCAUCAACGACAACAAAAUUCAUAUGAUGUAAAUAUUUGCAACAAAAUCGAAUCAUCAGACAACAUUAUGAAUGGUACAAAAAAUGGCCAUUACCAUUUUGGACAAAAUGACAAUUCAAUUAAUUAUUCUAAACAAGAAUCCGUAUCCAUUGCAAAUGAACGAAUUGUUAAAUAUGAUGAUGAUGACGAUAAUCACAAGUUGUCAGAUGGAAAUGAUUUAGAUGGUGAUGAUAAUACAAUGAUGAUACAGAAAUCGAUGCCAAUUUCAAUACCAAAACCAAUACAAAAAACAAAUCAACAAUUAUUUGGAUUUUUUGGCGCCUAUCAUCAACAACAACCAAUGGAUUCUGAUCAUCAUAAUCAUCACCAUCUUUUUCAUUCUCAUAAUCGUCAUAUGCAACAACAAUUAUCGCAUCAUACUAAACCAAUGAAUGCAAAUAAUAUGUUUAUAUCAUCCAAUUCUGUGGAAGAAUUUAAUCAGGAAAUUGCCGAAUUAAUGGAAAAGAAUCAAAUUGAGUGUGAAAAAAAUAAUGAUAAUGGUGAUGGUGAUGCUGAUGAUGAUGAUAAAAUACAUCAGCCAAUGUCUACAAUAGUAACGAAUGGUGGUAGACGUGCACCAGUAACUGAAUUGUUGAUAGCUGCUGCUGCUGCUGCUGAUGAUGAUGAUGAUGAUGCUGAUGCCAUUGAUUCCUCAACAUCAUCAUCAUCAUCAUUGUCAUCAUAUCCUGUUGAUUUUGGAUCUAGUCCAACCGGAAGUUUAUCAACUAUUGCCCAAAUUGAUUGCUGGCAAGAAUGGUCGCUUGAUCAAUCUUGUAUGCCUUUUCUAUGUGAUGAUGUAGAUGAUGAGCAACCACCACCAUUGAUUUUGGCCAACAAUAAUAAUAAUGAUACUGGAUCAUUGUCCAUUGAUCAUUCAUUGGCAUUACCAACAAAUAGAUUCAUAUCUACAAAUAAACGAGUCCUGGAUGAGACCGAUAUUGAUCAAUGGUUUCCCGAUAAAGAAUCAUCGAUAAAUAUCAUCAAGAACAAUAAUAAUGUUCAGUUGAAUUUCAAUAACAAUAAUAAAAAAGCCGAUUCAUCAAUUGAAUCUGUCGAUUUUUCAAUUGAAACACAACACGGACAGCAUAAUACGAUUACCACCAAUAGUAAAUGUGCAAAAAUUGUUAAUAAUAAACAAAAUUUUUCAUCACAAAUGUUGCCCAGUCCUAAAAUGAUAUCAUCGGAUAUUGUCGAUAAUGUAUUUGAAACGAAAGAACCUAGAACGAAAAAUAAGCCAAAAUUAUAUCAGCCAACUCAAUCAGAUGGAUGGGGUUCAACAAUUGCUGAAAAUUUAUUCAUUGAACUUAGACAACAGCAGCAUUCCCAACAUUAUCAUGAUUCCAAUAUGAAACAAUUCAAAUUGAAACCAAGUUUUCAAUCAGCUUUCUUACCGGUUUCUGAGACAACUGCUUCAUUUGUAACCACUAAUCGACGAAGAAUGCAAACUUCAAACUGAUGAUUUUUUGUUGUUGUCGUUUUGUAACUCUACAUACAUAGUGGUUUUCUGAGCAUCACAGGACUACGUUAAACGCUAAUCGAAACUUCGAUUCUCCAUGUUUGAUCAUCAAAUAUAACAGAAAAAAAAGAAAUUCUUGGCUAUCAUCUAUUCUUUACACAACAUAUACAAAAAAAAGAGAGAAUGUCAUGCAUACUUACCACACACACACGCACACACAAACACUUCUACAUCAAACAUCCAAACACACAAAAAGAGAAAUUUUCAUUCGAAAAUUAUUGAUUGAUCGAUUUUUUUCUUCCCUUUUUCUUUGGGUUUAUACUUUUCUCUACCCAAUUUCUUCUUCUUGUGAAUGCAUAUUAUUAUCGGUAUUAAACCAAACAACAAAACAAUUUCCUUAAAAAUAGUGAUAUUAGCGUUUCUCUUCAUUAAUUAAUAAACAAACUGAAAAAAAACAAAACAUAAACACAACAUUCAAUGGAUGGAGAUUUUUUUUUCUUUAAAAAAAGGGAAUUGUCAAUAUAUGAUCAGAUCAUACGAAAAAUUUCAGUUCAUCUGCAGUUCAUAUGAAUGGUAUCGAUUCUUGUGGAUAUGAAGAAAAACAAGCUUGCAAAAACAAUACGUAACUUUCGUUUUUAGUAAAAUUAUUUUUUUUUCGGUUUUACAAACUAUGAUUUUAUCGAUGUGAUAUUUUCUUUUCUUUUUUUUUGAUUUUCAAUUAAAGUUAUCAUUUAUGAACAACACUUUGAAAAGUACGAUUAAUUUGAAUUUAUAAAUC